AUGGCCAUUGGUAACGAGAAACGGGGAGAAUUGAAGGAGGCUGGUCCACGUCAGAUCCAACCCACCCUCCUCGCGUCUCUCGUUGCGGCGACCCCCGUUCUCGUCCUCAAAGGCCUCCUGCGCAUCCCGCACAAUGCCGCUCACGAAUCCGCCGAGGCCACCACCACCUCCACUCUCGUCCUCGUAGCCCUGGCGGCGGCCGCCGCCUUCGUACUCGCCGCGGCGCUCCUCGCGUCCGCCACCCCAUCCACCGCCGCCGCCGCCACCGCCGCCGCCACCGCCGCCAUACUCCUCACGCUCCUCGCCGUAGCCACCGGGGCGACGACGGUCGCCCUCACCGCCCCAUCCGCCGCUUUCUUCGCGACGCUCCUCGAAGCGCUCUUGGCGGCGCUCACUAUACUCUUCGCGGCGCUCCUCUUGCCAGCGGCCGCCACCAUUGUCACCGCCGCCCUCCCACCGGCGCUCCUCGAUGCGCUGCUCAUAGCCGCCGCCGUACGUGGGCCGCGUGUCGGUGCGCUCCUCGUAGGCAAAACCCGUGGGGCGCUGGCCGCGCCCACCAAACUCGUCCUGCUCGUAGCGGCGGUAGUCGGUGCGCUCCUCGCCGUCGGGGUACUCGGUGCGCUUGAACUCGGCCUGGGCGUAGCGGUCGCCCUCCUGGUUGCGGCCGUACUGCGUGCCAGCUGCUCCGCCGCUGCCGAGGCCGCCUACACCACCUCCACCACCACCACCUCCACCGCCGCCGCCGCCGCCCAUGAGGUUGCCAAUCUCGCCCAAAAGAUUGCCGCCGCCGCCCGAGCUGGCGUAGUUGUGGCCACCACCACCACCACCGGCAAAGCUGCUCGCCGCACCGCCGAACAGGGCACCGGCCGCUGCGCCCAUGAGCUCGCUUGGCAGUCCACCACCGCCGCCGCCGCCAGACGGUCCGAAGCCAGUAAUGUUCUUCUGCAUCGUGAGCGGCUUGCCACAGCCGUGGCCGGUGUCGUGCACACCCUCCUUGUGAUUGUCGCCGCGCUCGACGCCCUCGCGCGACAGCUUCUCGCGGUACUCGUCGCGCUGCUCGUCGGGCAUGCUCUGCCACCACUCCUCGACGCUGCGGAACAUGAGGGUGCGGCAGUCGCGGGCGCCGUCGUCGCCCAUGCCGCGCUGGGCCGGGUGGUGCAGCACGCCGUAGAUGAUGCGGUUGAGCGUGCGGCCAAUGUCGACGCUGUCGUCGUCCCAGGCUUGCAUGAGCUGCGGCACGACCCACGUGACCACCUUGCUGGCCGUGCGGCCGGCAAUCUCGUUGAGGAUGUUGCUAAAGUGGUCCUUGGACAGCAUCGAGUGCGUGGGGUCGGUGCUCUCGUCGUCGUUGAACACAACCAGCUGCUCGUUCUUGCUGCUCUGGAUAAUCUCCGACGAGCCCGUGGCGAGCUCGGCCUGGAUCUGCUGGAUGACGGGCACGACAAACGGCGCAAUGACGGAGAAGACAAAGAUGGACAGCUGGUCCUCGAGCUGCUCCACCAGCUGCGGGAGCACGGGGAUCUUCUCAAUGGCCUCGGUGAUCUGCUGGAGGAUCUCGUCGUGGAACCGGAUGGCGGGCAUGAUCUGCGCGAAAAUGUUCUUAAUGUACACCGUGUACUCCUCCGGCCGGCGCGGCGAGACGCUCAUCUCCUGCAUCUGCGCGGCCGCGGCGUUGGCCUGAAUGUCGUGCAUCUUGUCCUUCUUGUUGCCGCCGCCGAAGAUGCCGUCCGGGAUCAUGUCGAGCACGCUGGCGAGCAUGCUGGUGUCCGUGUUCUGGCUGCUCUGCAGGGUGCCCUCAAGCUCCUGAAUCUCGUUCUGGGUCAGCUUGUCGGACACCUCGCCGGUCACGGAGUGCAGGAAAUCCACGCCGCCAAAGGUGCCCGUCACGACGGGGUAGACGCUGUGGUCGGCGCCCCGGAGGCGGAUGCGGGUGCUGCGGCCGACGUGCGGGAAGACGUUGGUCUCGCCCAUCUCGAUCAGCGCCAGUUCCGUGUAGUUGCUGUGCGCCAGGAAAUCCUCGAGGCAGUGCAGGCCGGUGCCCAUGAGGCGCAGAGCCUCGUACAGGUCCUCCUUGCGCUUGCUGUGGCGGUACGAGCGGCCGAGAUCGACGCACUUGCCAAAGAGCUGACGGACGUGGUAGGCGCUGGUCAUGAUGCCAGCACGCUCGUUGGCAAUGUAGUUCUUCAUGCCCGAGUCGGGGUCGAUGGCGAGCUCGACGCGCUCGUCCACGGGGCCGCGGAGGCGCGGGUCGUAGCGGCGGGCGUCGAGGUUGUCGGCAUAGUUCUUGGGGUUGUCGAUGUGGUCUUCGGGGCGGUAGGUGCCCAGGCGCUCGGCGGUGACCUCGAAUUCGCGGGAGCCAUAGCCAAACGUCAGGAAGCCCAGGACGCAGAGCAGCAGGCGAAUGGCCUCGGCCGAGACGGACUUGACGGUACCGACGUCAAUGGCCUGGCUGUAGUCGCGGAGCCAGUUGCCAAAGUACACGCGCAUGACAGCGAGCUUGUCGAACUUCUUGCCGCCCACGGCACGGGCCAUGAGCAGCUGCAGCAGCGCGUCCUCGAUGUCGCCAUGCCGCCCUAG